CUGAUAGCCUACUCUACAACAAUGACCAUACAAUGACCAAUGACGACCGUGUGCUGAUCUGUUAGAUAAGGAGAAGGGUCCGGGGCGUCUGAUGAAGAAGGGGUUUACUCUGAUCCUGGUGGGUCACAUUAACGUCAUCCUGGGAGCCAUCAUCCACGGUAGCAUCCUGCGCCACAUCUCUAAACCCAACGACCAGAUCACCACCGAGUUCACUGCCGUCAACAUCAUCUCUGUCACCUCCGGACUGCUGGUCAGUCAGAUAACUAUAUUAUGGGUUACCGUAGUAACAAUUAGUAAUAACAUGAUGUUAUAGAUAAAAACUGAAAUGUUCUGUUUCCAUUUUCAGAGCAUUGCAACAGGAAUCAUUGCCAUAUUGGUGUCAAGAAAUCUGUCAGUUUGGAAACUAGUAAGACCAUAACCAUCAAUAACAAGAAAAUAUAAUUUGUAAGAUACAAUGAACACCAUUAAGUCUGCAACUGUCACCUCUUCACCACCUCUCGUCAAAUUCUCCCCACCUCCUUCACAUCUCCCCUCUUUCCCUCCUCUCUCCUCCACCUAUUUCCCCGCUUUCUCUCUCUCUCCCCUCUAUUCCCCAACUCCAGCACAUAGGUCUUCUGAUUAGUUCUUUCCUGAAUGCCCUACUCUCUGCGGCCUGCGGUGUCGGGCUUCUAUUGGCUAUUAGCCUCACCAUUGCCAACGAGGGGCGGGGCCUCAUGUUGGGCUGCAACUUCACUGACCUGCCAAUCAACGCCCGCUCGCCAGUCAACGCAGACUGCCCCUUUGACAGCACACGGAUUUAUGUAAAUCUCUGUCUCUCGCUCUCUCUCCCUCUCUCUCUGCCCCUUUGACACCACACAAAUAUACAGAUGUCUCUCUCUCUACCUCAUAUAUAUAUAUAUAUACAGUGGGGAGAACAAGUAUUUGAUACACUGCCGAUUUUGCAGGUUUUCCUACUUACAAAGCAUGUAGAGGUCUGUAAUUUUUAUCAUAGGUACACUUCAACUGUGAGAGACGGAAUCUAAAACAAAAAUCCAGAAAAUCAUGUUGUAUGAUUUUUAAGUAAUUAAUUUGCAUUUUAUUGCAUGACAUAAGUAUUUGAUACAUCAGAAAAGCAGAACUUAAUAUUUGGUACAGAAACCUUUGUUUGCAAUUACAGAGAUCAUACGUUUCCUGUAGGUCUUGACCAGGUUUGCACACACUGCAGCAGGGAUUUUGGCCCACUCCUCCAUACAGACCUUCUCCAGAUCCUUCAGGUUUUGGGGCUGUCGCUGGGCAAUACGGACUUUCAGCUCCCUCCAAAGGGUUCAGGUCUGGAGACUGGCUAGGCCACUCCAGGACCUUGAGAUGCUUCUUACGGAGCCACUCCUUAGUUGCCCUGGCUGUGUGUGUCGGGUCGUUGUCAUGCUGGAAGACCCAGUCACGACCCAUCUUCAAUGCUCUUACUGAGGGAAGGAGGUUGUUGGCCAAGAUCUCACGAUACAUGGCCCCAUCCAUCCUCCCCUCAAUACGGUGCAGUCGUCCUGUCUCCUUUGCAGAAAAGCAUCCCCAAAGAAUGAUGUUUCCACCUCCAUGCUUCACGGUUGGGAUGGUGUUCUUGGGGUUGUACUCAUCCUUCUUCUUCCUCCAAACACGGCGAGUGGAGUUUAGACCAAAAAGCUAUAUUUUUGUCUCAUCAGACCACAUGACCUUCUCCCAUUCCUCCUCUGGAUCAUCCAGAUGGUCAUUGGCAAACUUCAGACGGGCCUGGACAUGCGCUGGCUUGAGCAGGGGGACCUUGCGUGCGCUGCAGGAUUUUAAUUUGUGACGGCGUAGUGUGUUACUAAUAGUUUUCUUUGAGACUGUGUCCCAGCUCUCUUCAGGUCAUUGACCAGGUCCUGCCGUGUAGUUCUGGGCUGAUCCCUCACCUUCCUCAUGAUCAUUGAUGCCCCACGAGGUGAGAUCUUGCAUGGAGCCCCAGACCGAGGGUGAUUGACCGUCAUCUUGAACUUCUUCCAUUUUCUAAUAAUUGCGCCAACAGUUGUUGCCUUCUCACCAAGCUGCUUGCCUAUUGUCCUGUAGCCCAUCCCAGCCUUGUGCAGGUCUACAAUUCUAUCCCUGAUGUCUUUACACAGCUCUCUGGUCUUGGCCAUUGUGGAGAGGUUGGAGUCUGUUUGAUUGAGUGUGUGGACAGGUGUCUUUUAUACAGGUAACGAGUUCAAACAGGUGCAGUUAAUACAGGUAAUGAGUGGAGAACAGGAGGGCUUCUUAAAGAAAAACUAACAGGUCUGUGAGAGACGGAAUUCUUACUGGUUGGUAGGUGAUCAAAUACUUAUGUCAUGCAAUAAAGUGCAAAUGAAUUACUUAAAAAUCAUACAAUGUGAUUUUCUGGAUUUUUGUUUUAGAUUCCGUCUCUCACAGUUGAAGUGUACCUAUUAUAAAAAUUACAGACCUCUACAUGCUUUGUAAGUAGGAAAACCUGCAAUAUCGGCAGUGUAUCAAAUACUUGUUCUCCCCACUGUAUAUAUAUACACACAUAUACACAUAUACACAUAUAUACAUACAGUACCAGUCAAAAGUUUCAAGGGUUUUUCUUUAUUUUCUACUAUUUUUUACAUUGUAGAAAAAUAGUGAAGACAUCAAAACUAUGAAAUAACACAUAUGGAAUCAUGUAGUAACCAAAAUAGUGUUAAACAAAUCAACAUUUAUUUGAGAUUCUUCAAAGUAGCCACCCUUUGCCUUGAUGUCAGCUUUGCACACUCUUGGCAUUUUCUCACCUGGAAUGCUUUUCCAACAGUCUUGAAGGAGUUCCUACAUAUGCUGAGCACUUGUUGGCUGCUUUUCCUUCACUUUGCAGUCCAACUAAUCCUAAACCAUCUCAAUUGGGUUGAGUUCAGGUGAUUGUGGAGGCCAGGUCAUCUGAUGUAGCACUCCAUCACUCUCCUUUUUGGUCAAAUAGCCCUUACACAGCCUGGAGGUGUGUUGGGUCAUUGUCCUGUUGAAAAAUAAAUGAUAGUCCCACUAAGCGCAAACCAGAUGGGAUGGCGUAUCGCUGCAGAAUGCUGUGGUAGCCAUGCUGGUUAAGUGUGCCUUGAAUUCUAAAUAAAUCACAGACAGUGUCACCAGCAAAGCACCCCCACACAAUCACACCUCCUCCUCCAUGCUUCACGGUGGGUACCACACAUGCGGAGAUCAUCCGUUCACCUACUCUGCGGCGUCUCACAAAGACACGGCGGUUGGAACCAAAAAUCUCAAAUUUCGACUCCAGACCAAAGGACAGAUUUCCACCGGUCUAAUGUCCAUUGCUGGUGUUUCUUGGCCCAAGCAAGUCUCUUCUUCUUAUUGGUGUCCUUUAGUAGUGGUUUCUUUGCAGCAAUUCGACCGUGAAGGCCUGAUUCACGCAGUCUCAUCUGAACAGUUGAUGUUGAUGUGUCUGUGACUUGAACUUUGUGAAGCAUUUAUUUGGGCUGCAAUUUCUGAGGCUGGUAACUGUAAUGAACUUAUCCUCUGCAGCAAAGGUAACUUUGGGUCUUCCUUUCCUGUGGCGGUCCUCAUGAGAGCCAGUUUCAUCAUAGCGCCUGAUGGUUUUUGCGACUGCACUUGAAUAAACUUUAAACGUUUUUGACAUUUUCCUUAUUGACUGACCAUCAUGUCUUAAAGUAAUGAUGGACUGUCGUUUCUCUUUGCUUAUUUGAGCUGUUCUUGCCAUACUAUGGACUUGGUCUUUUACCAAAUAGGGCUAUGUUCUGUAUACCCCCCCCCCCCCUACCUUGUCACAACACAACUGAUUGGCUCAAACGCACAACUGUUAAUUGAAAUGCAUUCCAGGUGACUACCUCAUGAAGCUGGUUGAGAGAAUGCCAAGAGUGUGCAAAGCUGUCAUCAAGGAUGGCUACUUUGUAGAAUCUCAAAUAUAUUUGGAUUUGUUUAACAUAUUUUUGGUUACUACAUGAUUCCAUAUGUGUCAUUUCAUAGUUUUGAUGUCUUCACUAUUAUUUUACAAUGUAGAAAAUAGUACAAAAAAAGAAAAACCCUGGAAUGAGUAGGUGUGUCCAAACUUUUGACUGGUACUGUAUAUAUAUGCACCUACCUUUCUCUCUCCUUCUCUCCAGGACACUACACUAUCUCUGUGGUUCCCAUGUGUACUUCUGGCUGGACUGGAAACAGCACUGUCUAUCUGGUGCUUCGUAGUGGGACUGGUACUGAGGGGCCUGGGACCCUGCUCACACACAUACCUCAAAGAACAGGUAACGCACACACACAUACACAUACACAUACACAUACACACACACACACACACACACACACACACAUACACACUGUUCUCCAUCUCUCCUGUCUCUGUGCCAGCUGGAGGAGGAGGCUCUGACCAAUAGGGCAGCGGCAGAUCCAGAGUACUCACCCCAGGGCCGGAGCCUGAUUGGACAACACUCUGCCUAUGCAUAGAAGACUGCCACAGACCAGGAGGUGAGGGUUCAGUCCACUGGUGCUUGAUCCUUCCACGAGCCUCUAGCCCCUUCUCCUUUCCCAUUGCUCUAGGUCAGGCUCAGUCCGGGUCUCAACUUACUGUUGAGAGUUAGAAUAGUAGAGUACACAAGGUGCAAUUUCGAAAUUUGGUUGUGCAUCAGCAGUUAUGUCAGUCACUGACAGUCACUCAAUUCGCCCAUGUCAGCUAACAUCUUUUAGUCUAGCAAGCUAUCUAAACUUGUACUAAUCAUGGUCAAAUUACAGACUGGGGGGGCCGCCAUUGAUUUUGUUAGUCACUCUCACUCAGAUAUCUCAUUUAAAACUGCAACAUUUUCUCUAAGGGGGGGGGGCAAAAUGUCACUUUUUGACUGCAUGUGUGGGUAUGGAUGUGGGUAUGCAGACCCGCGAGCCACUGUGGCCCCUCAUGAUGAGUUCAGAUUAUUUGUGGCUCCCACCACCAUCAACGUUUCCCAUCCCUGCUCUAGGUGGCGCCAUGGUGCCUAGUGGUGCUUGUUUUAGUGAAUACCAAAAACACAAGUAGUUCAUGGGAUAUGAUUGUGUAAUGACCAUUUUACCAUUUUAAUUAGAGGUUAUUUCUGUCCGGUAAACUAAAGUGCUAGCGUUUACAUGUACAGUAAUCCCUCGUUUAUCGCGGGGGUUACGUUCCGAAAAUGACCCGCGAUAAGUGAAAUCCGCGAAAUAGAAAACUUUUUAUUUUUUACAAUUAGCAACUAUUACAUGUAUACAAAUACAGUGACUCACGUGUAGGCCGUUUCGUCGACAUUAUGGGUUUAGAAGAUGUUCGAAAUUACAAGAUAAUUUGGCCAACUUAAUGUAAAUUUGCCAAGCUGUUUUAUGUACGUACACAUAACUGCACGAGACGACAAAAUGAUAGCACAAUUCGUAGCAUGUUUUGAUACAAGAAGCGGGAGUGAGUUUUUAGCGAAUCAGAAUGCAGAGCACAAUGCACCAAAAAAAAAAAAAAAAUGCAUUAUGAAAAUCCGCGAAAUAGCGAAUCCGCGAUAAGUGAACCGCGAAGUGGCGAGGGAUCACUGUAAUCUGCUUCCUUCAGAUCUGCCAAAACUAAAGCUAUUUUUUAACUGAGCUAAAGUAACAUCUCUCCUCAUGCUCUCUUGUCAACAGUGUUUGAUGACGAAGGUGUGACUGAACCUCUUCCUCUUCAGAGAACCUCCCUGGUGCCUUUACCUCCAUUCAUACCAAAGACUCUCCUCUCCCUCAACGUGAGCGGCUAGCUAGACUGUGAGAUGACAUUGUGUCUGUGUCUGCCUCAGAAUGUCCGUCCUCCCCUCGAUCCUCCGACAUUUCACAAAUGCAAAAUGACAAACGCCUGUAGUGUAGAGAUUAUUUAUGGAUCAAUAUCUUCGUUAUAGUAUUUCGCUACGAUCAUAUUUAAAUGAUUGCAUUUAAUCACAUUUAUCAUGCUUCAUGCUUUUUUCAUUUUCUGUACAUGUUAUUUCCUCCUUUUAACAGCAGCACACUGUUAUGUACUUUGUGAAAUUUAACAACUAACUCUCAGCCAAGCCAAAGAUUUUUGUUUUAUGACUCUACUCUUGUAUUUAAUUGCCAA